UUUCCAAAUAUUUAUGUAUCCGAUUCCAUUUGUUGUUUCAAAAAAUAAAUCAAAUAUGAAUAUACGAAGAGUCGCAACUCAGAACGUGAUUUUAUUUUGCCUGAUAAGUUGUUUGUGUAUUUAUUAUGUAUACCAAUAUUUCAAGAUAGAAGAGUUGAUGGAAAACAUUGAUGACGAGUUUGAGAAAGAAAUGCAUCCUAGGAUGGAUGCAGACGAGAAUUCAGAACCAAAGCCACUUGCUAACACUGUCGAUAAACAUCUUGUGUACCAGCCUAACACAGAAGUUGAGUUCCCAACCGAUAUUUUUAGCAGUACUAAAAUACCACACAUAAUUCACGUGGUGUUUAGAAACGCCACCAUACCAUACGGGUUUGCUCAUUAUCCGAGGUCAUUCUACAUAAAUAACCCAGAAUGGGAAUUCAGAUUUUAUACGUUUGAUUCCGGACGAAAGCUCAUAGAAAAGACACAUCCGGAAUUGCUGCUAAGCUUUGACAGCUGGACUGGUAGUCCCGACAACGACGAAAAAAGAUCGAAUAUGAUACGACACGUGGCUUUGUACGAAUACGGUGGAGUCACAGCGGAUCUUGAUGUUGACAACUUACGGUCUUUAGACAUUGCCACUAAAAAGUACGGUUGCAUAAUUCCACCAAUACCAUUUGAACACAGUUCCGUUCUCUACAAUUUUGAUUUAAUUCUAAGCACUUCUGUAAUGCUGUGUAGACCAAAACACCCUUUCUUUAAACUUUUACUAAAGCGAAUGGAAAUUGUUGACGGUGAUUUAAAAGCCUUUGAUGCCAGUGGCGAUGGACACAUUACGCGAAUCUACAUAGAAUAUAACAAUCUCAACGGAACAGACAUGCGCAAGAAACACAUAAACGCCAAAUCGAACUCGCCUUAUUUCUAUAAAGGUGACCGGGAAGAGGACGACGAAGACGCUGUUUAUGUUCCUAACACGCAAUAUUUCACAGACUCUAUAAAUCCCCAGCUACUUAACAAGAAAGGAACAUUGAAGGAAUGCUCCGAGAGAGAUUCAUUGCAACCAUAUCUAACAAAGCGCGCAUGCGCAGAAUUUGAAAGUCGAAGAGAACUGAGAGCUAAACGGAAGUACGCAUUCACUUCAAAAUUUUGGUUUGACAUUUUUGCGAAACAUUACACUCCGAGGGUGAUUCACAUUAAAAAGAUUAUUCCGAAAAUAAUACUUUAAGAACUAGCAGCGUGUAGUCUUGUAACUUAUAUAAUUUGUGAAAAACAAAGCUUCAGAUAAUGUUUUGCAGACAAAAUUAG